UUUCCCCGUCACUUUCGAAAACCACGUGACCUUCCUACGCUGGCUGAGCGUCAGCUGUACGCGUGCGCGUGAGAUUGUACGUGUGUUUAUUUAUUUCUAAGCCAAGUGUUUUGUCUUUCAACCGGUGUAGGGAUUAAAACAUCGUCGAUCCAGAAUGAUCUGAAGUAAAAGAAGGUAGAGAGGGGCUGGGAUGGCGGUGUGUGCUCUAACUGUGCUUGACGGGCUCGGGGAGGAGGCCACGGCUUUGGGCAGCGUGGUUGUCCUGUUCCUGGCUGUGGUUCUUGCCUGGCUGUCUACCCACGUGGCCGACCGUGGAGAUCACAUUCUGGGUACCAUUCUCACCGUGGGCGCCCACGCCUCCCUCAUCGGCCUCGGGGGUCACGACAGCUACGCGAACCCCCCACCCAGCUCAGAGCCCAGCGAGCAGCUGGACGAAGAGCCCACAGAGGAGGAGAAACAGGAAGAGGGCGAGGCCCGGCCAGAUGGGCGAGAGGAUGUGCCUGGAGAGGAGCUGCUGGAUAUUCAGGGUGGGAGGAAGAAAGUGAGCUAUGUUCAGGCUGAGGAAAGGGAAGAGGGGAAAGAGGGAGGGAUGGAAGAGGAGGCGGAGGAUGAGGCCGCCAGUAUCACGGUGAGACUGAAGUUCCUGAAUGACACGGAGGAGCUGGCAGUACUCAGACCACAGGACACCGUUGGACUGCUGAAGAGUAAGUACUUCUCUGGCCGUGAACAUCAGAUUAAGCUCAUCUACCAGGGUCAGCUGUUGCAGGACCCUCAGCGCUCUCUCCUGUCCCUGAACAUCACCCACAACAGCGUCCUCCACUGUCACAUCUCUCAAGCCCAGGCGCUGCGUGAGGCGGCCGCAGAGGAGAACCCUCGAGCCGGGAGGGGCUCCAUGCUCAGCGGGGGGCUUCGCUCGGCCGGUGUGGCUCUCAGCACAGGAAGCCUGGUGAUCCCCGUGUUCGUGGUGCUGCUCGCCGUCGUCUGGUACUUCCGAAUCAACUACCGCCAGCUGUUCACUGCCCCAGCCACCAUCUCUUUGGUUGGGGUCACAGUCUUCUUCAGCUUCCUCAUCUUCGGCAUGCACAGUCGAUGAGAAGAUGGAUGAAGAGAGGAAUGAUGCCAAUAUUAGGGAAGAAGGAAACGAAACGAUAGGACUUGAAAAUAACCAAGAAAGUUCUCAGGGAGCCCUCGAGGGUUCUGGUGCCAUUUAGACGACGGAAGUGUGUGCUAGUGCUUUCAGCUUCAUUCGUGAGCAGCACAAAGUAAUACUGCUGUAUAAUUUAGUUCUUGGGAAAAAAAUAGCUUUAUAAUUGUUCAAUCUCAGCCUAAAGUGUAGCUUCUCUGUGUAAAGAGAAGUCAGGAUCCCAUGUCUGACUGGUCUUUUCAUUUAGAGGAAUCGCAAUUUGUCAACUGAUUGGUUUUUUAAUCAAUUAAUGUGUCUCUUCACUGGUAAUAGCACCACUAUCUUCUGUAGUAGCAAAAAAAAAAAAGUCAUGUUUAAAUGUUAAUACACAACUACAGAUGUGAUAUGCUAUUUAGCAGAUAUUUUGAGACAUCAAUUUACUCAAUUUAGAUGUUUGUGAUUGAAGGAUUUUUUUCUUGUGCCAGUGUCACUGAAAUCUGUAUUUAUUUCAUACUUAUUUCUACAUAACAUUCUGGUUCAGCAUGUCUGCUGCUAGUUACAGCUCAUAGCUAUCAUUUAGGACAUAAAAGUUUUAUACAUGAAGAGUUUACAUGCAUACAGGAGUAUUUGGACCGCUAUAGUCUGAAGAGUCUGUAGAAAACUCACUGCAUUAAUAGGCAUUUCAUAUGUGACAUCAAUAACAAAGCAAAUAAAUUUUUUUUUGUCCUGUGUAAAAUCUGUAUAUAAGCAAUGUAUUUACUGUAGAUAAAUCAAGAGGGGCAUGGAAGAAACUUAAAGCUCUCAGUUGGAUGGUUCUUGUAUAAAUGGGUCAUUUCUCUCAGUAUUGUCAGCAAUAUCUGCAUAUGUUUUAUGGGAAAUCUAGUCUACCUAUUCUCAUUCUCAUUAUUACAGACAACUAGCACCUCUUUGAUUAAAAUGCUUUUUGGUUUUGCUUUGAUGCAGUAAUUCAGAAUAAAUUUGCUCAUCUUUGAAAUGAAA